AUGCAGCUCCUCCUCCAUCUCAGCAUGGCCACCAGCGCCCUCGGUCUGGCGAUGACUGCCACCUAUUACACACCAUCGACUCCAUCAAUAUCGACAUCAACAUCAUCGCGCUCCGUGGAGCUGGCUUCCGAGUCCGUCUGUCCCGCUCCCGGAACCACCAGCAGCUCUCACCAUGGAAUGCUUUCCCCGCCCUCGUCAAGUUCCACAUCAAACGUCAAAGAACUUGCGCCCCGCGAGGGGACUACCACGAUGAGCACCAGCUCGCACACGGGAUGGAAGAUCAUCCCUACGCUCCCGCCUCAUACCGAGGUGAUCAUCGAGCCGUCGUGGCCCGCACGGCUCGUGGCACAUGGAAAGAUAUCUCCACCAGGUUCAAUGUUCUUCCAUCAUACAGAUCCGAUUGAGUUGUGGGGUCUCGAAAACUUAGAGGAACCAGAUUCCAUUUCGUACUACCAAUCAAUCUCAAUUCCUCACAAUCUUGCGACGAUAAUCUACGUUUUGAUCUACACACACUCAAAGCCAUAUUCUUGCGCGACGAUUGUUGGUCUGGCGCCUGCGCUCCUGGACUCUGCCUUCCUCCCAUUUGCCGAUUCACGUACGCUGCUUGACGCAGUUGGCAUAGUCCGGUCACAGGAAGUGUUGCCUUGCAUUUUUAACAACCAAUCAGACAAAAUACUAAGUUUGGGCUUUAUCCAGAACCCUUUCCUCGUGGUGAUUCUCCGGGCCAAGUCGACGCAAAGCAUAUUGUAUGAACGAACUGUUGACACCUUCGGUCAUCCGCUUUGUAGUCUGUGUCUUCCUCAAGCUGUUCCUAUGCCUGAGGGAGGAGAAUUGAACUCUGGUACUCGGGGCAAGAACGCUCGACGGCAAGCUCCAGUGACACUCGGUGUUAUCUUCACUUUCCAGGAUUCCACGGACGAAAUGUUGUCUCCGGCACCACUCUUUCUGGUGAUUUUGAUGGAACACGCUUUCAAGAGGGUACCCGCCGAAAACCUCGCAUCACAACCGCUUGAAGUGAUCGUACAAGUGAUAUCGCGGACGCUGGCUGUGCGAAGGCAAAUGGGGAAAGCUAAGAGAACCAUCACCUUCAUACAGAAAUCUACAGCUGCCGGCAUAUACAUGAACAGAAGUGCCUACAAUUCAUAUGAGCAGCGUGUCCAAAGGGUUACGUCUGUUUGA